AGGCGUGGCGGCCUGACGGAGAGCUGAGAGUUGCUGCAGGCGAGGGAUGACGCCGCACACACCCCGGGGACUUAGUGCUGACCACAGCCCACGCGCCGCACCCACGCCCGCCCCACGCCCCCAUCUGCCCCUGCGGCAGCGCGGCGCGUGACGGCCAGCCGGGAGCCUUGCAAGUGUCAGGGUCGCCGCUGCCCGCCGGACUGGCAGGUCCCAGCGCCGUGCAGGUGUGCCAGGCCGUGGCCACGCCGCUGGCCCCGCACUGCUCGGCGGCCCACAGUUGUUCGUGCUGAGUGCCACGCGGCCCACCGCUUGUCGACACAGUGCCACAGGGCAGCAGUGACUCCCAGCCUGAGUGCCCAGCGGCUUCCCCAUCGUGACGGUCCUCGUGGCCCUCGCAUAUAGCGGCCCAGUGCCACGUGGCCCCUGUGCCAAUUGUCUUACGCCCUUUGAGUGAUCCGCGUGAGGCCCCUCGGAGGCCGCCAUCCGGACCCUGUGGAUUACCGAGGCUCGCGGCGCCCAUGAGGGGCUCUGCGGGCCAGCAGGCACCUCGCGGCCGUGGCAGGGGGGCGGGAGGGCGUGCCGGGGCGGCGGCGGUGUCAUGAGAAGAAGGGCGGGAGGGGGCUUGCGUGAGGAUGCCCGUCAUGCUAGACACCCCAGCGUCCCCACCACCACCACCGCCGCCGCCACCACCACCGCCAUCCCCUCCUCCACCACCGCCGCCGCCGCCGCGUCACCCGUCACCCACGCGCCAGUCCCCACGCUGCCCUAACUGCACAGAGUGUGGGACGAGGGUGGUGGUCGAGGGCACUGAAGCACUGUACUGGGCGGUGCGGCUGGACGCGGACCUCCUUCAAACCAUAUCCGCCAUCUACCCACACUGGUUCAAGCUGGCAAUGUCCAUCUACAGCACUCUUGUCAAGUUCAGAAUGGACUGUAAUCUAAACGAUCUGAGCAAAAUGGGAGACAACCAAGGUGGGGAGGGGUCCCAGCCCCCUUUUAUCCCCCUGUCCCCACCCAAGUGUGAGGUGGAUGAUUCCCCACUCCAGGGAAAGACCCUCAACAAGAACAAGGAGUCUCUCAAGGUCAAGCUGAUGCUGCGGCGGCCACGGGAGGAUCUGGUGAACCGCGGAGUGAUUCCACCCAUGAACACUCCAACAGCCUUCUACGAGCAGCGGCAGCGUCUGGACAUGGCCAAGAAACAUGACAUCCUCAAACAGAAGAUGCAGAGGCGUCCCGACAGGGAGGAGCUGGUGCGCCAACACAUCUUGGAGGACGCGCCUGGGAAUAUUGACCCUUCGCUGGUUGAGAAGCAGAAGCAGUUGAAGCGAGCCCGAAUAGCGGACGCCAUCAGCGAUCACCUCUGCCAGCGUCCCGGCCCCCUAGAGCUGGUGCGGGCCAACAUCCUGCACACAACUGAGCCCCUGGAGAAGGCAGUCAAGGAGGGGCAGCUGAUGUUCAAGAGCACCAGUGAGGGAGAGCCACGCAAGCACCCAAGCCUGUAUGUGCAGUAUGAGGAGGAGUCCAGCAGUGAGGGGGCCAUGUCCCCUGACCAGACUGAGGGAGCAGGCAGUGUCACUCCCUCCUCCACAUCCUCCUCUUCUUCCUCCUCAUCUUCCUCAUCUUCAUCCUCAUCUUCAUCUUCCUCUUCCUCAUCCUCCACUUCCUCCUCCUCAGGGGUGCGGGAGCUGGUCUCCUCCCCCUCCCCUGUCCUCAUUGAGCCCACUGCCCCCAUCACCACCUCCCUCCCUGCCCCGGUGAUGGCCACAGUCAUCACCCGUCCACCUCCCCCAACUGCACCUGUAGCAUCUCCCUCCCUCACCUCCACCACUUCCUCUCUCUCCCCACUCUCCUCCCUUGCUUCUCCUCCCCAACAUCCGCUGCUACCAUCCCCACAGGCCUCCACUCUCACUCAGACCCUCUUUGUGGCUCGCACACCCCUCCCCCAUGCCCUCACCACACCUCCCCUCCAAAACUCGGCCCCUGGCAAGGACCAGUCCAAGAGUCGCAAGAAGUCCAAGGUGAAAAGUCAACCCAAGGCAAGAACCAUCAAGUUCCACGAGUACAAGGGUCCUCCCAGUGCAGUGAAGAGGGAGGCAAGCAGCAACAAUCAGGCGGAGACUUCAUACGACAUUCUUCUGCAGCAGCAGCAGCUGUUCUUGCAGUGCCAGCUGGAGCUCAAGCAGAAGUACCCACAGAUCAUCCUGCCAGCCGGCCUCAAGCCUCAGCCCAGCAGUGAUGGAUCUACUGCCAGCCUGCCCAGUGUCAUCAAGGUUGCCCCCACGCCUCCUCCACUUCCCUCCUCCACAGUGGCCAGUGGUCUCACCCUCUCCCAAGUCCUCCACACUCCCACCCACACCCCAUCCUCCACACCCACUCCUGCCUCCACACCUCCUGCUCCACCACCGCCCCCAACACCUCCAGAGAUGAGCAUCCGUAUACACACCAAGCUGGAGGACAUGAAGGUGUCUGACCUGAAGGCUGAGCUAAAGAAGAGGAACCUGCCUGUGUCCGGAUCCAAGCCUCAGCUCAUUGACCGCUUGAGAUCCCACAGCACCACCUUCAUCACCUCCCCCACCACCCCCUCAGCCAGCACCACCACCACCACCAUCACCUCCUCCUCUUCCGCCACUCCCACCGGACCUUCCGUCACCCUGCGUCUGGGCAGCGUAGAGCGGGAGAUACAGGUGGAGGAGGAGAGAAUUGUUGCCUCCACUACUCCUGCUGCCAUUGUUGCCUCCACCACCACCACCACCACUCUAGCCCAGUUACCACAUGCCUCACCAGUCAACACCUCUACCCCAACUCCCACACACCUCAACACUGAUGACUCAAUGCCAGGGUUGCUUGAAGCAUCAAUGGACCUGGCUGAGGAGGGUGGCUCCCGCUCUCCCACCUUCUCCCAGAUAUCCGGUUCCUCCACCCGACCCCCCAGUGUGGCUCCCAUGGAGGUGGACUUUGACUCUGCAAUGGACACAAGUGAAUUCACCCCACUCACCCCUCUUAGCCUUCAGCUGAGUGAGGGUGGCUCCAUCAAUACCCCUCCUCCCCCUCCCCCUCCUCCACCUCCACCACCUCCUCCUGUGGUGCUGGCACCCAGCUCCCCUGCCCCAAGCCUCACCUCACAGCCUGGGGAGACAAUGGACAGGCUGCAGCGACGGAUAGAAGAGCUGCAGCGUGAGCUUCGCCAGACACAGCUGGAGCUGCAGCUCCAGCAGCAACAGCAGAGUCUGAUGAAGGCGCAAGAGCAGCAGCGCCGCAGUCAGCCUGAUGCCAAGCUGAGCCAGAAGCUGAUUUUGCAGCAACACAUCCACAACAAAAAGCAACAGCAGCAGCAGCAACAGCUUCAGAGCCACUUACAACAGUUGCACCACCUGCAACAGCAGCAGCAGCAGUUACUGCUGCAGCAGGUGGUGCAGCAGGAGCCUCCCAAGGCUCAACCAACACAGGUCAAGCUGGAAAAUGGAUGGGAUCGGCUAUUGGCCUCCCCCAGCCCACCUGCUGUCUGCAGCACUGCCACCACCACCAUCACCACCUCCACUUUGCCCCUGCGAGGUCAGAGGGCCUGCCCCUCCCAGACUCCCGUGCAGAACGGUGUCACCCUCAAUAUACACCAAAGGGCUGCCUCAUUGCCAAACUUCUCUGGUCUCAUCGUCACCACCAGCGGCUGCAACACCACCACCAUCAACAACAUCAUCAACAAUAACAUCAAUCACAAUAACAAUAACACUAUCAACACUAGUAGUAACCUCAGUAACCAUAACCACUUGAACAACCACACCACUCACAUCACCACCACCACUAACAACAACAACAAUAACAACAACAACACCAUAAACCACAGCACUUCAGAGCCACGGUUUGUGAUCAAGCCGCCACCCAACUAUGAUGAGGCCACCAAGCAGCUCAAGGGAUCUGUGACGCCCAACAAAAAACUGUCCAUCAAGAGUCAGGCAGUGGAUGACGUCUUGGAGAUACUCAUCAAGAAUGGAGAGCUGCCGCCCAGUGCAGCACAGGACCCCCACACCCCCACACCUCCCAUCAGGAGCUGCCGUGCUGCUCCAGUCUUCACCACUGCAACCACCACAUCUUCACUCUUCAAUGCCAUUUCCUCCAUCAACACCUUCACCACCGCCACCUCUGCUCCAAUGUCUAUCACCUCCCUCAGCCCUGCCCAGAUAGGUGCUGAGGUUGGGGGAGUGCCACCACCGCCGCCUCCGCCACCACCACCACCACACUCUAGUCAGCGUAUGGGGCCUUCCCAGGUCCCUCCACCAGGCCCCUGCCCCUCACCCACAGGGGGCGGGGGAUUGUCUUCCCACUCCCUCUUUGCUGACCUGGUGAUGGAAGGUGCCAAUCAGCCUCCACUGGACCUGCCCCUGGACCUGGACCUGCCAGGGCUGGAGGGCAUGGAGCUGGGGGCCCUGGAACCCUCCCUAGAGGGGCCUCCUCCCACCUCUACUUCUAAUCAAGAUGUGUUGCUGGCCUCCCGCCCGCCUGAGCCGGUGCCUCCCAUGGAGGUGAAGAUGGAAUCUGGAGAGGAUGUGGAUGUGGCUUCUUGGCUGGACUCUUUGGUGCCCACCUCAGCACCUCCUCAGACCCCCACCCCCUUCCCCACCUGGUCCACCCACUUGGUGAGUCUGGGGGGUUUCGAGGGAAGCAGUGGCAGCCGGGCGUGUCCCAGCAAUGCGGCACCCAACCUGCACCAGAGUGAUCCGCUGCUCUCCCACACCCAGGACCAGCUGGACCUCUUUAGCCUGGAGGAGGUGGACCUCAAGGCCCAUGACCUCACCUCAGGUCUCUCCUGGGACCGCAUUGACUUUGCUGCAUGAGUAACAUGCAGGCCCGGGGGGCGCUCCCUGCCCAACCUCGGACCAGUCAGGGACCACGGGCCCCGGCGCCGGCCCCGUUCUGGGCCAGGACGCUGUGCUAAUGUCUGUGAUGAGCAUGAGUGCCUUACAGUACUCUACAGAGGACCAGCAGUGUUAGUUCAUACUUACGUAGGUUGUGUUUGCCGCGCAUGCUCUCCCCGGGCUGCCUCUGAGGAGCCCCAGACUGUAAGGGGAGGGGUGGUGUACAUACGAGUGUCUCUGUACAUACUGCCCUGCCUCCUUCUUGUUAAAUGGUGCUGUUCUGUUGACUGUGCUGGCUGCACGGGGCUGUGCUGCCCCACUGACUUGUGCUGACUUUGGGUUAGCCAUGAGCAUGUAACAUAAUGUUAGCUCUACUCUAAGUUUUGGGAACAAGUCAACCCCUUCCAGAAAUUUGCUGUGUGCUUGCCUUGCAGGAAUGUCCUGAAGGUGUGAGACGUGUUUGAACUAUAACUACUUUUGCCUGCAUUGAGCAGCCUGUGUGAGCCCUCAAGGCAGGCACACACUGCAACCAUUCCAUGACCUCCCACCCUGGCCUUGCACCUUUUACCCACCCACCGCUGCCGCAGCCUCAGCCAGGCAUCUCACAUAAUACAGAUCUCUAAAGUGUCUCUGCUAUCCCAGUAGACUCCCGCCAGCAUGUCUGGCGUGUGGGGUCCUGGGGCACAGUGCACCCCACUGGUUGCCACCUCAUGUCACACUCCAUCUCAGACCAGGCCACCUGCCCCUCCUCCACAUGUCACCCACCAGCAUGACCCAGAGCGGCAUUGUUACUGCCCCAGUUACCUUUGCCCUGCUGGCUUUGAGUGAGGUACAGAGAGAGAGAGAGAGACAGAGAGUGAGUGAGUGAGUGAGUGGAAGGCACCAGAUGAGGGAGUGCUCCACUAUUCCCUUGUUAUCUAAGUGUCUAAUAAGGCUCGGCUUUUGCUCCAACCUUGCAUCUUCCUCCUCUUUCUCCUCCUCCAUGCCCUCCUCUUAUCUUCAACCUUGUAUCCUUACUUAUAAUUUUCAUGCACUUCUUGUCCUGCACAGUCACAAGUGUCCCACAGCUAACACCUCUCCUGACUC